UUAAGAUGGUGACAAUUCAGCGAAGGGAUUAUGUGAGGCUGUUGAUCGCGCCAGCAACAUUUGCAGCAGCUUCAUUAUUACUCUGGUUCCUUUUUGUCAGUAGACCUGCAUUAAAAAGUGGCCUCAGACCGAAAACCAUGAGCCUCCCUUCUUGACCUUACUGUACUGGUGCCUAGCAACAUGUUUUCAACUGGACUCAGCCUGGGCAGUCCACUCACAGUAUCGUAUAUAUUCAUACAGAUUUGGUAUCCAAAAGAUCUUCAUUUCCCUAAAUCUUUUGAAGACUUGAGAGAGCUUGUCCGUGUAUCCACUGCUUACAAACAGGAUCACUGGUAUUAUGUUCUUCUAUUGUUCUCAUCAGCUUACAUCUAUAAGCAGACGUUUGCUAUUCCUGGUUCUGCAUUGUUGAACCUCUUUGGUGGGGCGCUGUUAGGAUGCUGGCCUUUAGGAUUUCCACUUUGCUGUGUCUUAACUGCUAUUGGUGCGAGCAACUGCUUCCUUCUCUCACGCCUUGUGGGACGAGCAAUUAUUCAACAGAAGUUUGCUAAUAGAAUCCAGUGGCUUCAGGAAAAGCUGCUGGAAAAUGAGCAUCAACUGUUCCUCUUUUUGGUCAGCUUAAGAGUGUUUCCAAUGACACCUAACUGGUUCCUUAAUAUCACAGCCCCCUAUGUUGAUGUGCCACUACCCAUGUUCUUUCUCUCUGUCUUAUUUGGAUUGAUCCCUUACAACCUCCUGUGUGUUCAAGCUGGAGAGGUGUUAUCGGACAUUCAUUCAAUGGAUGAUAUUUUCACCCCCAAACGGCUGCUCGCUCUUAUAACUUUGGCUUCAGUAAUGUUAACACUCUCGCAUUUUGCUCAAAAACGUAAAACAAAACAUAGUGAAUAAUUGACUGCAAAGUAUUUUUCAUAUAUGGAUGUAACUGUUCUUUGUCAGUAUUUUCUCAAAAUGUUGCACAGUGAUCAAUAUAUUUUUACUGGGGUUUCAAGCUGUUUAUUUUGUAGGUGUGGACAGUACUGUAUAGAAAAGGGUACAGUACAGUACAGUACAGUAUGUAUUAUUUUGGUAGAGAUCAGCCUGAGCUAACUUUGUCAUUGUACCAUGGACAUGAUUAUAAUGUUAACCAUAUUGUGUUGCUAAGGAGGACAAUGUUUAUAUAAUAAUAAAUAAUAUUAACAAAAUGGU